AUGGAUAAGCUGUGCAACAUAACUCGUUCUCAUCACUCACCCUCUUUUUCUUCUUCAGAAUUCUCAACGUCUUCUUCUUCAUCUUCUUCCCAACAAUUCUGCGUUCAAAAAGAUCGAAUCGAGUUGGUUGUCGUCAUCGUCGUCGUGCUGAUUCUUCUUCAAAUCGGACUCGCUCUGUUUUUCUACAAAAAAUGUGCGACUCGAUCUGUUUCAGACACGUCGUCUAGUGUGUAUUCUGAAGGAAGUUCUGAAUGCUCUACCACGUCAUCUGCGUACAAUACUUGUAAUCGACAAAUGAUAGUUGGACAGGGGCCGGUGCUUCCAGCAAGACCGUCGAGAUUUUCAGAUGGAGCUCCGUUUACGGAAAAUCCCUAUAAUCGAUUACACCAUUUUGCUUGA